CUCUUCGCCUCCCAUCCUUUCUCACACUCAUGUGCUCUGAGGAUGCCAUUGACAGAGUGGGGCAGGGCUGCUAUUGGUACGGGCUACUCUCUACGAUCACCUACCGCUCCAAGCUCCACCCCUUUGUGCCAGGCAUUCUGGGAUGGACGGCCUGUUCAUUGAAUGCAUAAGAGCCCCGCAUCCGCUUACAGAGGGCCGCGCAGGUGGAUAUGCACAGACACGGGAUGAAGCAGGAGAGCUUUAUCCACGGAACCUCGUAAUCUUCGUAUCGGUGCUGCUGUUUUUCUUCCUCCUUUUUCGGCCUGGAAGAUGGAAAGUGACAAAGGAUUAAAACCGGAUGCCCUUGAUUCUCCGGAUCAGAGGCCGUGCGUUCUGCUCGUCCCGCUGGACAAACACGCUCCUCGAACAAGUUGUUAUGACUGCUGUGUGCGCUGUUUGGGUGGGGUGCCCUACACGUCCCUGGUUGCCACCCUGAUGUGCUUCUCGGGCAUCGCGCUGUUCUGCGGCUGUGGGCACCAGGCGCUGGCGGAGACGGAGCGUCUCAUUGAGACGUACUUUGCCCGCAACCUGCAGGAUUACAUCACCAUGGCCUACCUUAUCCAGUAUUUCCAGUACAUCAUCUACGGCCUGGCCUCUUUCUUCUUCCUUUACUGCAUCCUGUUGCUGGCAGAGGGCUUUUACACCACCAGCGCGGUCAAGCAGACCUUCGGGGAGUUUCGCAGCACGGUGUGCGGGCGCUGCCUCAGCACAACGUUCAUCGUGGUGACCUACGUCCUGGCCGUCAUCUGGCUCCUGGUGUUCGCCAUCUCGGCGCUGCCCGUCUACUUCUUCUACAACAUGGCCACCACGUGCCACACCAUCGACGAGCUGUCUGAGACGGCCACCAGCAUCAACCAGCUGUGCAUAGACGCCAGGCAGUAUGGAUUGCUGCCCUGGAACGCGUUGCCGGGGAAAGCUUGCGGAAUGACCCUGUCGACCGUUUGCCAAACGAGGGAGUUCUUCCUGACCUACGACCUCUACAUAGCCGCCUUUGCCGGAGCAGGGAUCACACUCUUGGCACUGAUUCAGUGCUUCCUGCGACUGGUCGUGGGUCGCUUGCACUUGAAGGAGAGAUGCAAGCGGGAGUCGGACGUCGGCCAGGGGUUCGUGUCGUUCAGAAGCCUCCAAAAAGAGCAAAAUGGGAGUCUGUGCUCCCCGUACACCCCUCCUGCUCUGGACAUUUGAAGAGAUUCAAAAACCCUCCAUUUUAGGGCUGCCAUAAUUUGGAUGACUGCCGAGUGGACCAGUUUACUGCACCCAUUGAAUGUUCUGUGAUUUACCACCAGAGGGUGAUGUAGUACAUUUAGGGAAAGGUUGGCCCUUUUCAGUUUUCGAACAGCAUUUUCAAUGUUGUAUGCAAUGUGGUUUGACUCUGUUUGACUACAUUCGGCAAGGUAGUACUUAAAAUUUAGUUUUAUUUCUUUGAGUUGAAUAUUUUCUUAUGAAAAAAUAAUAUUGCUGUUGCAUUGUCAGUAUAGAACAGGGCCUGUGCAAAAUGUGUUGAGUAAACUGACUUAGUUGCUUUUUUAUUAUUGAAAAUGAAUGGCUUCUGUUAAAUAUUUCACCAACUUAAUAAAUGCAGUAUUGGAAUUAUUUUUCAAAACUGAAGUCCACAUUCAAAAAAUAAGUGUUCAAUCAUUACAUUCUAUGCAAGCCAAGACACACACUGCUGUAAUAUUUUUAGAACUUUUUUUAUUAAUGUUGGUAUUUAAUAUUAGACAGCAUUAGGUUUGUAAACAGUCUUCAUCUCCAUAGUGUAAUUGUAAUAAUCACAGGCUGUCAUAUCCUUCUUAAAUCUGAAGGACCACAGGCAUUUAUAACCACCC